GAGUAAACCAGGACCACUUCGCCCCAGCACCACCACCACCCCGGACGAGGGUUAGACCUGACACCCAAAGCCAAAUCCGGGGCCAUGUUUCGGAUAGCCGGGGUUGGGGUUGCCGGAAAUGGAAGGGGUGAUGAACGGUCUAAGCCGAAGAUUAGGCUUCUGGAGAUCUAGAUCCCAUUCCUUCCCCCUUGCGUCACUUAAAGAGUCCAGAACUAGGAUUCGAGCACUAAUUCCAUACGGCGCUGUGUAUGUAGCCGUAGCAUAUUGCGUCCGCAAGGAGAUAAUGCCUGACACUGAGUUCUAUCGCGUGUUAAUUUCUCGGAAUUACUCUGGGGGCAGGAUUAAUGGGAUACAUGCUGUGCUGCAUCGGGGGGACGAAUGUGGUCGUCUGCCCAAGUGCCCGCCCUAGAUUCCUUCCGUGGAUUGUCCACAAUGUGUGGCGUGCUGUGUGACUGUUGGACAGAGGAGUUGCUGUUUACGGCUAUAAAUGGGGGAGUUCAAGGCAGUGAGGGUCAUACAUGGUCUGCUAGGUAUGUCUAUUCUUAUGUGCUUAGGGAGGGCCUGUUUCACCACAUUUGCAUUAUAUAUCAAGUCCAGCCCAUCUAGGACUCUACGCUGCGCAGGAAUGUUGCUAUAGUUACCGCGUGUGUAAUCUGAAUCCA